AUAUAUUCAUAGAUUCAGUUUAUUUCUAAGGAUAUUUAAAAAUAGAAAAAAAAACGAGAAAGCGGUAAGCACAACUGCCAACAUUUAAAGAUGAAACUCUAAAUAUUUUAUGAAAAAAAUAUUGAAGUUACUAUUGAUUUAGAAAGGUCAGUUGGAAAAUAUUUAUCAUAUUACACAGUUCCAAAUGGAGAAAUUCGCUAAAAGUUUAGAAACCAUGACAGCGACACAAGAUCAUUAUAGUCUCCGGUGGAAUAAUCAUCAAAAUCAUAUAUUAAGAGCGUUUGAUACUCUGCUACAGACAAAAGCUCUAGUAGAUGUUACAUUAGUAUGUGCUGAAACGAGUAUACAAGCUCAUAAAAUGGUUUUGUCAGCAUGUUCACCAUUCUUUCAGCGUGUGUUUGCUGAAACACCAUGUAAACAUCCAGUUAUAGUUUUAAAAGAUUUCCGAGGAUGGGUUGUUCAAGCAAUUGUUGAUUUUAUGUAUCGUGGUGAAAUUUCUGUGCCACAAGAGCGUCUUCAAACCUUAAUACAAGCUGGCGAAUCACUACAGGUGCGGGGGUUAGUUGAAAAUAAUGUACCAGAAAACAACCCAACGCCUGCUGCUUCACCGGAUGAUUUUGGUAUGUUAGAUACAUCAUUGCUAUCAUCAGAAUAUGGUCGGUGUUCAAGUAGCUUUGACGAAGAAUGUCCAACAAUGGUUAAUAACAGUGGUUCAAAAAUAAUGCUCUCACAACAUAUGUUCUCUGCAGCAGCGAUGGCUGUUGCAGCUUCAGCAUCAGCAUCAGCAACUGCAAAUACUCCAGAAACAAAUAGAGAAUCAUCAACACAAUUGAAUAGUUCAAGAUCAGAUUUAUGUACAUCACCAAUGCCAAGAAGAAAACAAGCACGACCAAGAAGAAGGUCUGGCGAAUGUCCUGUACCAGAUUUAAACACAAAUAGUAAACCAAAUACUCCGGUGCCAGAAAACAACCCGGCAGGUGAUGAGCCUUUAGAAAAUGAUAAUGAUGAAGACGAAGAAGAAGCAGAAAUAGAAGAAAUUGAAGAUGAAAUUGAAGAUGUUGAAGAUCAUGUUGAAGCUAUCAAAAUCGAAGUAGAUAAACAUCGAAAUUUAGUCGAAAAUACCGAAUCAGAAAAGAAAACGUCUGACCAUGAAACAACCCCAACGGAAAAUGUUGAAAAUGUAAUUGAUGAUAACGUUAUAAACUUAAGUGAACCAGAAAGGCCGCCUGAAGAAAUUAGUGACGAAAUCAACCUAAAUUUGAAUAAGAGGCAAAGUUGUAGUCCUUUAGAUGGUCCCGAAAAUUUGUGUACAAAAAAGAAAAAAUCCGACGACGAGGUAGAGGCGGAAACGAAUAAUGACGUUAAUUCAAUAAAAUGCCCUGAAAAUGAUGGAAAGGAGCAGAAUGAACAAAAACAGAAAGAGGAUAGUGCUAACAAUAACACGCCAAAUAACAAUCGAAUUGUAUUAUCUUUAAAAGAUAUUCGACAUUUGAAUAAACAAGGAACUGUUCCACCUAGAUCUCCUCCCAAUCCAUUUCAACCGCCACCUGAUUUAAUAAGACCACCGUCACAUCAUCGUGAACCACAUUUACGCGAUCACAGCCGAGAUAGUAUGAAAAACGACAAUUUAGAUAUGCUUCGUAAUCCAAUGGAAUCAAUUCCAGAUCACGGUAGUCCUUUAAAUUUUGACCAUAUGGAUUUAUCCAUGGCUGCAGCAGCAGCAGCUGCUGCAGCACACCAUCAUCAAAAUCAAAUGAAUUCAAACCAUUUAUUAGGUCCUGGAGGACCACAUCACCAUCCAUUACCACCACCUCCACCACAUCAUCAUCGUGGUCAAUUAGAACGUUUAGAAGAAAGUUUAGCCAACCGUUUAAAUAAAGAAUUUGCACCAAGCUCACCUAUGAGUUUACCACCGCAUUUUAAUCCGUCAGAUGGACCACCACAUCCACCAUCACCAUUACCUUUUCCUGGAAUGUCAUCGGCUUUAACACUUACACCACCUCACAUGUUUGGAUUAGAUUCACCAUUAGGGUUAUUUCCACCUGGCAUGGAUCCAGGAAAACUUUACAAUCCAUUAAUGGAUAUUACAGAUCCACGUGAUUUACCUGGCAAUCAUCCACCUUUUAUGAAAAAGAAAAUGCCCCGGCCCAAAGGUCAACAUUCUGCUCCACGAGGUGGCCCACCACGUUCAUGGACAAAUGCUGAAUUAACAGAGGCAUUGCAACAUGUAUGGAAUAAAAAAAUGACAACAAGUCAAGCUUCAAGAAUAUUUGGAAUUCCUUACAAUUCGCUUUUAAUGUAUGUACGAGGGAAAUAUGGAAAAAGUUUAAAACUAGAACAAUUAAGAAAAGACUGUAUUUCUGGACCACCUAUUGAACUUUUACAAAUGGGAAUUAAUAAUAGUAGUGGUAAUAAUUCUGGUGGCAGUAGCAGCAAAAACAAUAAAAAUCAUCAUCAUUUAAAUGAUAGUAGAUCAAAGGAAUUAAAUGAAUUAGAAAAUUCAAUACAUAGAAAUUUACAAAAUGAAGCUGAUUUAUUACAAGGUGCAAAUCCAUUAUUCAACCCGUUUCCACCUGGAUUUUAUCCAGAUUUUGGUGGCGGUUUUCCUGGAUUACCCCUUGGAAUGUUAAAUUUAUUACCACCCGAAAGACAUCCGCCAUCAUCUUCAUCUUCAUCAUCAUCGGCUGCGGCUGCUGCAGCUGCUGCAGCUGCUGCCGCAUUACAUUUAAAUAUGGAUGAAGAUUGUAAAUCGGAUCGUUCUAAGCAAUCAUUAGAAGAUGAUUUUCCACAACCAUUAGCAUUAAAUCGUGAUUUAGAUAGACGGGAAUUACUGAUGCAGCCGAAUGGGCAAGAUUGA